AUGAUUCAGUGUGGAAAACAUAGGUUGUUUGAUGGACUGCGUGCACUAAGAGUACCUCACAAUUCUGCACUCAGUUUGAUUGAAGGAGUGAAAUCUCAGCCAGGUGACAGCAGAAAUUCCACGUUGCCAACUAGAGAAAACUUCAUCAGAUGUGUGCAGCAAACUCUAUCUCCUAACGCUGUUAAGCCCAUGAUGCUGCCUGCUGCAACUGAUGCUGUGGUGCUGGAGGCUCUGAAUUUCUGGCGUCAUUACUUUCAUACGCAGAACUCCCGGUGGCAGUCACAUCAUGCAAGAGAAGCUGUUGCUUUAGGGCAUCAAACUGCGAUGCAACUUGCUUUUGAGCAAGGUCAUCUUCAUCUUGUUAAGAUGGCUGCUGAUCAGUAUGCUUCCAUGGGUCUAUCAUCUGAUACUUCAUCUAAUCUCUAUGACGUCAUUCAGUCUGGUUGUUUGACUGCAAAGACUUUAGAUUUGGUUAUGUCAGUGACAUCUGAAAUGAAAGAUCGAGGUUCGUUGCUUGACACAAAGUCAUGGGAACUUAUCGUAUCUUAUCAUGCUCAGCUGGGCAAUGUUCACGUAGCAGUUAAGACUCUUCAUUUAAUGAAAUCAUAUGAUCGUAUACCAACAAGGAAGUUGUACGAGACUGUUCUCGUUGCUGUAAUGGCUUUGGAAGACAACUUUCUAAAGGCUCAACUGGGAGAAGAAGUUAUGCAGGAUUUCUUCACCAAUUAUGAGAGUUUAGAUAUCAACGGGUUUCAUGUGUUUCUUCAACAUGUCAGUGAUUCGACUCAACUGCAAGAAAUCUUGAUGCAGAUGAAGUCGGCUGGAGUCGCUAUGACACCUAAGACGUGGUCAUAUGUGAUUGAUGCUGUGUUUCGUGCGUAUCCAUUUGUGAGUCACUGGUCAAAGAAAUUUUUGACACCCUCAUGGCCAAG